AUGAGUACAUCAUCAAAAGUACUCGCAAGAGUUCGCGUAGUUUUGUUUAUAAUAAUUUUUAUUCAAGGUGCACACGGCUUGUUUAAAGCUACCAACAUCAAGUGCAAAUGCUAUGAUAAAACAUUUUGUGAAUUUAGACAAUGCGAAUUAAAGGUGGUUGGACGUGGCCUAGUGGCCAUCAACAUAUACGUUAAGAUCCAUCAACUGCCAGUGAAGAAAGUGUUGGUAAAUGCAAGUCUCUAUCGAAGAUUCAAUGGCUAUCGACCGUUUCUAUACAAUUUUACUGUAAACUUUUGUGAUUUUAUGCGACAUUCGAAACGAUAUCCCGCGUUUGGCAUAGGUCACAGCCAGGUUUUGAGUUUCUCUAAUCUGAAUCAUAGCUGCCCCUACAAUCAUGAUGUUAUUGUAUCGAAUAUGAUACUGAAUGAUGCAAUGCUGGAGAAGACACCAUUCCCCACCGGAUCUUACAUGCUGCAACUGACUGUCGGCAGUCCCGAGUGGCGUGGUACGACUCAAGUUAUGGUCGAUAUUGUAGAGGUCUAGCGAGCUACUUGUUUCAAAUAAAGU